AUGAGGGAACUAUUCCUCCCUCAAUCGGCCUCCAUCCCUCACCAGCUCCGGAAGGCCUUGCUCUCCUCCGUAUCGCGCCGCCAACACCUGCCGCCAUGGUCCUCUUCCUCCCGCCAUAAGCGAGAGUUGUUCUCGUCAUCCUCAACAACUGCCCUCGAUGCAGCGCGGGACUCGCACGCCGGCGGCAGCUCGCAGAACCCACAGCAACCAGACGGGCAGGACCACGACCGGAACAUACGGCAGCAAGACACGUCGCGGACGAUUGCGGCGCCCCCGCCCAGGCUCCCCUACAAGUUCGAGACGGGCAUCUCCCUCUUCGCCAAGCGCGCGCCGAGGCCCUUCCCCCCUCCCUUCCUCUCUCCGCCCUCGGGAUCCUUCAGCGACCCCCUCAGCACGCAUCACCAGAGCCGCGACCGUCGGCCCAAGGUCAAUGGAGAGCUGAUAAAGGGGUGGACGAAUGGGGACGAUGCCGCCUUCGCGAGCGAGUAUUUCGUCGGCGCCAACGACGGCGUGGGCGCGUGGAGCGCUCGGCCGAGGGGCCACGCCGGACUGUGGGCGAGACUCAUUCUACACUUCUGGGCAAUGGCCAUGAGCGAAGACGCUUCGCGAACGCGCGGGCCGAGCGAUCCACCCUACGUGCCAGAUCCGAUCGCAUACCUAGAAAAGGCCUACGAGCAGACGAAAGAGGCGACGUCGGGGCCUGACUGGCAGGGAACUACGACAGCCACAGGGGCACAGUUAUUCUACAAGGCGGUAGACGAUGCGGAGUCCGCUAAGCCGCCAGCGCAAGGCGAGACCAGCAAGACCGCGCCGGUGCUGUACGUGACAAACUUGGGCGACUCGCAGGUCAUGGUGGUACGGCCGAGCUCGGGGGAGAUGGUAUUCAAGACCAAGGAGCAGUGGCACUGGUUCGACUGUCCCCGGCAGCUGGGGACUAACAGCCCGGACACGCCAGCGCAGAACGCCGUGCUGGACCAGGUACCAAUCGAGGAGGGAGAUGUGGUCCUGGCGAUGUCGGAUGGUGUGAUCGAUAACCUGUGGUCGCACGAGAUCGUGGAGAAUGUGAGUAAUAGUGUCAAGAGGUGGGCAUCAGGGGAUGUGGGGAGGAGGACAAGAAGCAGCGACAACCCUGGCGGGAGUGGAUCCAUGGCCUUUGUCGCUGAGGAGUUGAUGUUGGCUGCCAAGACGAUUGCGCUGGACCCGUUCGCGGAGAGCCCGUUCAUGGAGCAUGCGAUCGACGAGGGCCUGCCAAGCGAGGGAGGCAAGCUGGAUGAUAUCACUGUCGUGGCAGCGUUGUGUACGCGAAAUGAUGAUGUGUGA